ACGGCGACAAUUCCUGACCGUGCGGAACACUCUCUGAAGCACAAAGCAAAGCAACACAUCGCAAGGCAGCCCGCGGAUUGCCAACGAACACAAUUUCACGCGCAAGGCAGCACAUUCGAAGCCACGAGCUAUUCACAGCAACCGCGCGCACCAAAAGCCAGCACGGACAACAAAAACACAGCAAAAACACAAUGGACGACCGCACACCGCGCCCCUACGCCAGCUCCGACGAAGACUUUGAAAUGGUUCCUGACGCAAAUGGUACCAGCAACACCAAGGACACCCUCACACUCACAGCAGCCGCCGAGCUGAGCCACGUCGCCCCCGCCUGCGCGCGCGCGACGAUGGCCUGCAACAUCACGGCCGCCGCGUCCGAGGGCAAACGCCGCCCGGACGUCGACGUCGUCGUCGUCAUGGACCGCAGCGGGUCGAUGGAGGCCGAACGCAAAUUGGAACUCUGCAAGGAGACGACCGAGCUCCUGAUAGAACAACUCCGCCCGUCGGACCGCUUCGGCCUCGUGUCCUUCGACCACCGCGUCAAGACGAACACGGCCCUGGUCAGCGCGUCGUCGGACGUUGCGAGGGCCGUAAAAAGCCUGCGGCCGGGCGGGACCACGAAUCUCUCGGGCGGCCUGUUCGCCGGUCUGGGGCUGUUGUCCGCAGCGCCGGCGGCCGAGCGCAUCCGAGCCGUCCUGCUCCUCACGGACGGCCUGGCCAACGCCGGCAUCACGGAGGAGCAACCGCUCAUUGCGGCGACGAAGAGCCUGCUGGACGGAACUUCGACGGGUCUCUACACGUUUGGCUACGGUUCCGACCACAACGCGUCCCUAUUGCAGUCGAUCGCCGGCGCCGCGGGCGACGGCAAGGGCUCGUACUACUUCAUCGAGACGGCCGAGAAGGUCGUGGGGGCCUUCGCUGAUUGUUUGGGUGGCUUGCUCUCCGUCGCGGCGCAAAACGUCGUCGUCGAAGUCAAGGCCUCGGCGGGAAGAAUCGCGCGGGUCCGCCGCGAGGGCGCGACGCGCGUAGACGACCGGACGUGGACGGUACCCUUGGGCGACGUCUUCGAGGAAGAGCAGCGCGACGUUCUCGUCGAGGUCGAGCUAUUGGGCAGCGCUAGCGUCGAAGUCUCGUUCGCCCUGCGCUACGUCGACGCCGCCAACGGCCGGGUCUCGCACGCGACGGCGACGGCGUCGGUCGCCGUCGACGCGGCGAAAGCCCAGACGGCGGUGCCCGACAACCACGUCACGGAGCAGCGCGCGCGCCUCGACACGGCCGACGCAUUACUCUCGGCGCGGGAAUGCGCGGACCGAAGAGAUAUCGCGGGCGCGAGACGCGUGCUCGAGUCGCAGAAGGCGAAGAUCGCGGCCCUCAAGGUCGCGGCCGUGACGGGGAGUCUCGUCGAGCGGCUCGCGCACGACCUGGCCGUCGUCCUCGAGGGCCUCGCCAACGAGGAUGCGUAUCGGGCGCGCGGCCGCCAGUGGAUGACAAGCAAGAUGAUGGGGCAUCAAAUGCAGCGGUGCAUGGAAGACUCGGACUCGGACGAAGAAGAAACCAUGCCGCGUCUUAUGGGCAGCGUGGGCCGUGCGCGCAACGUCUACCGCAACACGUCAAAGAAGUCGUCCAAGGCUGCUAUGAUGCGUGGGAUGUCAGCCAGGAGGCCUUCUGCACCUCAACCUACAAGUCGGGCGCCGGCGUCUUUCACUCUACUGGGCUUGGUGGUGUAAUGGUAGCACGGGAUGUUAGGGACAUCCUGGCUUCGGUUCGAUUCCGGGCUGAGCCCUCUGGAGAACGCCGUCGACCCGCGAACCCCAUCGCAGGUGCAACCCCGACAUCUUUCCCUCCGCCGGCGCCGGCCCCACGCCAAGGCCUCUUCUCGUCCCUCUUUCGCAAAAGUCAAGCUCCGCUCGAGGACCAGGACCUCGAAGAGUAGAGCGAUCUCGAACCUCGUCCCCCCCCCCAAAUUUAAGACUUUCUUUUAAAA